AUGCGGGCGCUCACGGUUUGUCGGUUCAGUCCGCGGUCGGAUGCGGGCGCUCACGCUCUGCUCCGCGCCUGCACGGCCCGUACUCACUGCGGCUGCCCCGUCUGCAGAGGGGAGGCUGGGGCCCAGGAGGGCAGUGUUCUGUCCACCCAUGUCCAGCCGGGGGCGGACCCCGGGCCCAGCCUCCUGAGCCUCAGACCCCCCGGACGGCCCCGGCAGCCGCUGGAGCAAGAGGAACAGGAGAUCAGAGACGUGGCCCCGGACCAGAGGUGGAGAGGGCUCCAGCCCCCACGCCUGCCAGGCCUGCGCACGGGGGACGGCCUCAUCCGAGGAAAAUGA